CGACUAAACAUCCAGCAGAGAAUCCAGGAGCGAGAGAAAGAUGUGAAGCUGCUUCAACAGGAGGUGGAGGCCAUCAAUGGCUCUGCUGAUAAAGCAGUGGAGGACAGUGAGAAGAUGUUCACUGAGCUGAUCCGUCUCCUCCAGAAAAGAAGCUCUGAUGUGAAGCAGCAGGUCAGAUCCCAGCAGGAAACUGAAGUGAGUCGAGUCAAAGAGCUUCAGGAGAAGCUGGAGCAGGAGAUCGCUGAGCUGAAGAGGAAAGACGGCGAGCUGGAGCAGCUCUCACACACAGAGGAUCACAACCAGUUUCUACACAACUACCCCUCACUGUCAGCACUCAGUGGGUCUACACACUCAUCCAGCAUCAAUAUUCGUCCUCUGAGCUACUUUGAGGAUGUGACAGCAGCUGUGUCAGAGACCAGAGAUAAACUACAGGACAUUCUGAGAAAGGAAUGGACAAACAUCUCACUGACAGUCACUGAAGUGGAUGUUUUACUGUCACCACCAGAGCCAAAGACCAGAGCUGGAUUCUUAAAAUGUUCACAUGAAAUCACACUGGAUCCAAACACAGCAUACACACAUCUGUUAUUAUCUGAGGGGAACAGAAAAGCAACAUUUAUGAACCAACAACAAUUUUAUUUUGAUCAUCCAGACAGAUUCACUGGAUGUUAUCAGGUUUUGAGUAGACAGACUCUGACUGAAUGUUGUUACUGGGAGGUGGAGUGGAGAGGGAGAGGAGUUUGUGUAGCAGUCACAUUGAAGAAUAUCAGCAGAAAAACGGGCCUAAAUGAAUGUUUUCUUGGAUACAAUGACAAAUCUUGGGCAUUACGUUGUGACACAAACAGCUAUAAAUUUUGGCACAACAAAGUCCCAACUGUCCUCUCAGGUCCUCCGUCCUCCAGAGUAGGAGUGUACCUGGAUCACAGAGCAGGUAUUCUGUCUUUCUACAGCGUCUCUGAAACCAUGACUCUCCUCCACAGAGUCCAGACCACAUUCACUCAGCCGCUCUAUGCUGGAAUUCGGUUUUGUCACUCUGAUGGAGACACUGCAGAGUUGAUUAAAGUCAAAUAGAGAAGACAGGUUCAUGUUGAUCCCUGACCAUUAUAUGUACUUGUGUAGUUUCUAAAUGAGGCUUUACAUUUUAGAAGCUGAGAAGUUCAGUGGUCCAUUGAUGUGUGAAAAUAAUAUUGCACUGAUUCAAACUGUACUUACAUUUAUAUACCUUACAUCAAUAUAAAUCUGAAUUUGUUCUUAUGGCUGAUAACCAUGGCACAACCUCAAUUCCAAUAAAGUUGAGACAUUGUGCCAGAUCUGUUUCAUCUCAAUUCAGAACCAAGAAAUUCAAGGUCAUCCAUGUCUUUAUGUCUUUAAGGCAUUCCUGCAGUUAAUUGUUUUUGCCAUCUAGUGCUAUGGAUAGAUAAAGAUGGGUUACAUCUGCAUAGCAAUGAAAAUAUGACAUGCCUCCCAAUCAUACUGCGUAAGGGAAACUAUAUAAUGUAAACAAAGUAUAGUUAAACUUUUUAAAUAUAAAAACAAAUUAUACGGACCUGUAUAUUGUGGAGAAUAGAAAUGUUUAUUUGCCCUAAGCUGAGUCCUUUAAAUAGUUUAAUCUGACUGAAUGUGCAGCUGCUGUACAGAGACACAGUGGGUUAAGUUUGAACAGUUUCUGUUUUAAAAGUUGGAAUGUUUGGCUGUACAUGGAAAUAUUUAUCGUGCACUCACACAAUUUUGACUCUUUCUGCGUGGAAAUAGUAGCUUUUGACUUCGUGGUGUUUGAAAUGAGGGAAGAUACAAAAGUAAAAUGUGUAGCAAACAUGUGAUAGAAUUAUACAAUGGAAUGACCAUAAAAAUCCCAAAACUGACCUUGACCAUAAAAUUGACAAAUGGACUUUAAUAAUGCAUUUCUGUGUUCAGCAAGUCACGAUGAACCUGAAAUCUGAUUAACCCUUUAAGACCUACCAUAGAACCA